AUGGCCACACCGCAAGAGCAACAAAUGCAUUUCUCACCAAAUGCUCAACCAUCGCACGAUGAAGAUGCUCAAAAACUCGAAGAUCCAUCGACCCACCACCAAACUUCGCCCAUGCAAAGUCUUGGAUCAAUUUGACUUGACCACGUCAACAGACGAAGACAUGGCCAACUUACGCACAUAUUUAGAAACAUAAAGAGCAGGGAAAGCGUUGGCGCAAAGACCACGGCAUUUUAGUGAGAAAAACGUGAGUAUUGAUUUUAUUUUCUUAUUUUACAAUACAAAAUUCCAAGAAAAUUUUCAAUAAAUUCAGUUAAUAAAUAUUUGACAAAUUUUUAAACCCCGCCUCCUCCGAAAAAUAAACUCACAUUUUUCAGCGCUUCGCAACUCGUCGAGAAUCUUACGAGACAUCUCCGAUGCGCGAAGAGUCUGAGCCACCCAGCUCUGGAAACCACUCCGAAGAGGCAUCAAUAUUAUCUGCGUUUCGAAGGGCGGCGAGAUGGACUUCUUCCGGAUCGGCAACACUGGAUUAUUCGGUGGCCACUUUUGACAGGUCCUCUCUCAAAGCUGACGAUAAUCCGGAUGCUGAAGGAAAUAUUGAAGAUGGAGAGGUUGUGACGGAGUCGUGGAUCGCUGAAAAUGAAGUUAGUCUUUUUGUUCAAAAAUUUGAGAAAAAAUUUAUCGAGAAAUAAUUUUUGAAUUUAUUCGAAAAAUUUAAUAAAGCUAGAAAUUUUCGAAAUUUUGAGAUAGCUUCUAAAAUUUUCGCCAAUUUUUUCCUCAGAAAUUAGGGAUUUCAAAAAACAAAAAAAUGUCUUACCAUAUUCAAAAUUAUCCAAUUUUUCGUUUCAGGAUAUGACCACACCUCAAUCAAAUCCACAAAUUCCGGAACCAUCAGCUCAAGUCAAUUCAAAUAAUCGACCAACAUUUAGAGAACCAUUUGAAUUUGAAGUUGAUGAAAUUGCACCGAAUGUGACCAGAAUUUCGGAAUAUAGCAUUGAGAUGGAUCUCAAUGAUCCAAUUUUAUCAUCAACAGCUGUGAAGGACAAUUCUUCUGAUGAUUUACUCGAUCUUCAAUUAUCAUCGUCCAACCAAUCCAGAAGCACAAGAAGAAUUGACCAAGCUUCGACACUGACAUCUGGAAUUGAUAAUGAUGCAAUCGAUUUAGUUGAAGUUGAACAAGUUUCUGAAGAUAUUGAGAUGAGUCCAAAUGGAAAUCCACCGAUGGAAGAAAAUGAUGAAAUUGAUUUGAUUGGAGUUGAACAAGUUGCUGCUGGAGAUAUUCAGGAUGUUGAUACGCCGGAACAUGCUGAAAAAUUAGUUGAAGUUGGUUUUUUUAUUUGAAAAUUGGAAAAACUAGAAAUUUAUUAAAUUGUUUUUGUUUUUUUGAAAUUUUUUGGUUCGAAACAAAAAAUACCUUACAAUGUCCGAUUUUUUGUUUCAGAAAUCGACCAAUUCUCAACAGCCAAAUUGCCAAUCGAAACAAUCGCGCCGUCUUGUCAGACUUCUCAAAGAUGCAUUGAACGCUUUUUUCGGAUGA